UGGGUUUAGAGCCGUUAGAGCUGUAACUGUAGAGCUGUAGCGCUAGAGAGCUGUGCACCCGCCAUGCCGGAGCUGACUUCCAAGGGCACGACCAUUUCCAAGAAGGGCUUCAAGAAAGCUGUAACCAAAACCCAGAAGAAGGAAGGCAAGAAGCGCAAGCGAUGCCGCAAGGAGAGCUAUUCCAUUUACAUUUACAAGGUGCUGAAGCAGGUGCACCCCGACACCGGUAUCUCUUCCAAGGCCAUGAGCAUCAUGAAUUCCUUCGUCACUGACAUCUUCGAGCGCAUCGCGGGCGAGGCGUCGCGCCUGGCACAUUACAACAAGCGCUCGACUAUCACGUCCCGGGAGAUCCAGACGGCCGUGCGCCUGCUGCUGCCCGGGGAGCUGGCCAAGCACGCCGUGUCCGAGGGCACCAAGGCCGUCACCAAGUACACCAGCUCCAAGUAGACUCGCCAAUGAUGUCUGCCAGCCAGCACAGGAGCCAGGCCUGGGCAGUCUUCCCUUAAGAGGCUUGAUAGGAAUCCUCAACAGAAUACACUGUCCCCUAUCCAUUUACAAAGUACCUUGAGACUCACGUCAUCAAGAGCUCUUCAGUUACUGUCCUCACUUUUGGCAAGUCCACCCUCCUAGGCAUUUCUCUGUCGGAUCAGGGAGUGUGGAACAGAGAGGGUGGUGGUUAGUGCACGAGGUUCUAGGAUCACAGAUCUGAGUGUGCCUAACUUUCUUCCCUAAAUGACGCGUUGAGGGGAAGGACUAGGACUCUGAGUUUAUUUAUUUGUUGAGAGCCUCAGAAAGUGAGCUUCAGAGAGUGACAGGUACUUGGGGAAGAGCUCAGUGAGCAGGAGAGAAAUAAUCUUUGACCUCACAGGGCUCCGAGUCGAAAAUGGACAUUUCAAUGGGAGUCUCACAGACUAACAGAAAGGGCAAACCUCUGUCUGAAGGUCACUUUAGCAUUGCCAAAAGUCAAAUGGAUUUAAUCUUGACUAGGACAAUGACAAGGGAAGAGGACGUGGCUAGAGGGAGAGAAGAUUCGAUGUGCAGGAAAAAAA